AUGCAGUUUAGUGCUAAAGGUCACAUCAAGGAAAGUAAUUUGAAUGUAUCAUAUUUCAGUUUUGUUAUGAGUGUAGUCCCUCCAGUUAUACAAUACAUCAAUAGUGUAUUGUAUUCACCUAUUAAUGGAUAUUAUUCAAAUUACUAUGUUCACAUUACUACUACUAAUACUUCAUCUGUGCUACUUGAUGGUGUACCAUAUAAAUGGACUUGGUAUCCUAUUACUGGUUAUAAUGGCUACACUGUAGGAUAUGGUACUAUUCAUGAAUUUUCAGAUGUUAAUCCUCAUGUGUUCCAACACACUAAUUCAUCUGCAGGCCUUAGUGCUACUGCUUAUGGAAGCAUCAACUAUGAUUGGUAUUAUUUUAAUCCUGAUGUGUAUGGUCUUUCAUUAGGAAUGAAAUUAAAUGCUAUAGGAACUAAUGAAAUUCUCCAUUUGAGUCCAUGGUAUGGUCAUAUUUUUGGUGGCGCACCAGUCAUACUAACAGUAUCUGAAUACAUUAAAAAAGGACUAACCAUCACAUGUCAUUUCCAUAAUAUUGAAGUGAGAGGCUUCCUUCUUAGUCCUUAUCAAGUUUUAUGCAUCACUCCUCAAUUGAAUAUAACUGGAAGAGUUCCUGUACAGUUAAAGCAUCAGUUUAAACCCAAUGGAUAUAAUUCUUCAUUUUACCUCCAGUCUAUUGAACAUGGAUAUAAGGUGAAUAUCAUAUCUAAUGAUAUAUUAAUACAGGCACAAGAUGCUAUAACAUUAACAUGGAUUCCACCUAGCCUCUCUGAGAGCACAGGAACUGUAAAUACAACAACUCUUCAGAUCAAUAUUAUACUAUACAUCUUUACUGAGGGCUUUAUUAAUCAAGUUAAUGAACUAGCCAGCAAUAUAAGCAAUAAUGGCUCUUACACUGUUAGUAUACCAACUGUAUCACAUCCAUCAGGUCAAACUGUUUAUCCUGCUAUCAUUUCUAUUGAAGCUAUAGGAAAUGAUUAUGAUAAUGCUCAAGGCACAGUAAAGCAAUGGACUGAUAUGAUAUGGAUUACAAAUGACAAUGAAUUUUAUGAUGAGUGCAAAACAUGGUCAGCUAAUGAACAUCCUACAGUUGGUGAGGCAUUACUGUCAGUUGUACGUUCAGAGGUUCCUUGUCCAUCAACUAUUGGUCAAGCAAGAACUAUUAAUAGUGGACUAAUACAAAACACUAACACUAGACUAGUGAGGUUUCUUCAUCCUAAUGCUGACAAAUGUUACCAUCAACAAACAACAACCAGGACCCAAGGAUCAAGUAAUGAAUGUUGUUAUGAUACAAGUGGUCAGUUAAUUAUUGGUCCCACAAGUGGUGGCUCUGUUGACAAAGCUUCUCCUAUUGGCAGUGAUUCAUCAAAUUAUCUGAGCAAUUUGUUAAAUCAUCAUUCGGAGGAUAUUCUGCCUUAUAUUUAUUGUUGUAAAGGACCAGCAACAGCUUGUGAGAAGUAUUAUACCAGACGGCCAUCAGACAAUGGUACUGCAUAUGUCCCUCCAAUACCAG